ACACACACUCUCUCUCUAUCUCUAUCACUAUCUACUCUCUCUCUACUCCUCCGCAAGAAUCGAAUUUGGAGAGAUCAAUACUCUCAUUAUUAUCUAUCACACCAUUGCCAGCUUCUUCUUCUCCUUCUUCUAGAAAUCAAACGUUACAUUGAUUUCUCCACCAACUUUUGUUAGAAAGCGAUUAAGGGACCUCUCUGGAGAGCGACCACAAUACCAUCAAAGAAGAACAAAAAAAAAGAAGGUCAAAUCCAAGCAAAAUGCAAGCGACGGGUCUUACAGUGAGAGGAGGAACUGUAGGUUUCGAUAUCCGGAGACACAGGAAGGUUUCGUCUGGUUUUGAUCAAUUCAGAAAGUGCAGAGUAGAUCAGAGGAAUAUUCGUAUGACUGAUAGAUCUUCUUCUUGCUUUGGUUUGCGUUCGUGGGGGACGGGGGCUAUGGAAGCUGAGCUUACAUCCCACAAUAGAAUUGGAAUUGAUGGAGUGUUUAGAACAUCUGCCAAACCCAGAUUCGUUAGGGUUCAAGCAUAUGAUGAAGAUAUUGAAGAUCCUGUUCCUUCCAAAGUUGAUCAAGUGAAGUCAACUGGUACUGUGUUUCCUUAUGUUGGUGUUGCCUGCUUGGGUGCCAUUUUGUUUGGAUAUCAUCUUGGGGUGGUGAAUGGUGCUCUUGAAUAUCUUGCUAAGGAUCUUGGUAUUGCCCAAAACACAGUCCUGCAAGGAUGGAUUGUCAGUUCUCUUCUUGCUGGUGCCACUGUGGGUUCAUUUACUGGAGGAGCAUUGGCUGAUAAGUUUGGAAGAACAAAAACUUUCCAACUUGAUGCUAUUCCACUUGCAAUUGGAGCAUUUCUUUGCACAACCGCGCAGAGUGUGCAAGUGAUGAUAAUUGGCAGAUUACUCGCUGGAAUUGGAAUAGGAAUUUCAUCUGCAAUAGUUCCUCUUUACAUAUCUGAGAUCUCUCCUACUGAAAUUCGCGGUACCCUCGGUUCUGUCAAUCAACUUUUUAUCUGUAUCGGAAUUCUUGCAGCUUUAGUCGCUGGUUUACCCUUAGCGGGAAAUCCCAUUUGGUGGAGGACGAUGUUUGGAAUUGCGAUAAUUCCUUCUGUGUUAUUGGCUCUAGGAAUGGCGUUUUCGCCUGAAAGCCCGAGGUGGCUUUAUCAGCAAGGUAAAAUCACUGAAGCUGAAGUAUCAAUUAGAAAAUUGUAUGGGAAAGAAAGGGUUAAUGAGGUUAUGCGCGAUUUGAAUGCUUCUAGUCAAGGGUCGUCCUCAGAGCCGGAAGCUAGUUGGUUUGAUCUCUUUAGUAGUCGUUAUUCGAAAGUCGUGAGUGUUGGAGCUGCACUUUUCUUGUUCCAACAACUGGCUGGGAUAAACGCUGUUGUAUAUUAUUCAACAUCUGUGUUUCGUAGCGUUGGAAUUGCGUCUGAUGUUGCCGCCAGUGCUCUUGUUGGGGCAUCUAAUGUUUUCGGAACAACAAUAGCUUCGUCUUUGAUGGAUAAGAAAGGAAGGAAGAGUCUUUUGAUUACAAGCUUUGCUGGAAUGGCUGCUUCAAUGCUUCUGCUUUCAUUGUCACUAACUUGGAAGGUCUUGGCACCUUAUUCUGGCACACUUGCUGUUCUUGGAACUGUCUUAUAUGUGUUAUCGUUUUCACUUGGUGCUGGUCCAGUGCCUGCUCUUCUUCUUCCAGAGAUAUUUGCUUCGAGAAUUAGGGCGAAAGCUGUCGCAUUGUCGUUGGGCAUGCAUUGGAUAUCGAACUUUGUUAUUGGAUUGUAUUUCCUGAGCGUGGUGAAUAAGUUUGGUAUUAGCUCUGUGUAUUUGGGAUUCUCGGGUGUUUGUGUUCUAGCUGUGUUGUACAUAUCGGGUAAUGUUGUUGAAACAAAGGGGCGGUCAUUGGAGGAGAUCGAGCGAGCUCUCAGCCCCGCAAGUUGAUGUUAAUAAGUGAGCAUUGUCCUUCUAUCCGUUUUUUGUUUGUUUUUUUCUUUUUCGGAUAGACAUUUUAUUGUUGAAUGUAUUAGGGAAUAGGAGGAUUGAGACAGGUUUUGAAGAUGAACUGGCUGCUAUUUAAUUUUUGUUUGAAUAAAUCUGGUUUUUUGGCAAGUUGGAGAAACUUGUUAGAUAA